GUGUGUGUGUGUGUGUGUGUGUCUGUGGGCCACUGGAGUGCCCAUCAAGUGCCCGCUGGAGGGUCUGCGUAACCCUGACCAGGGGGGAACCUGAGCCUGUGGAUAGCAGAGGCGUGACCCUGGAGGCUGGAUGGAUGUGUUUGGAUUCUCCAAGAUGGCAAAGCUCACAGGCCAUAAGAGUAAAUCGUCGGGAUGGCCUCCUCCGGCGGGCAGCUGGGCAGGCCUGCAGGGGGCGCAGUAUGGCUGGGACGUGGCGCGCGACUCCAGGGACUGCUUCAGCAAUCACGUGUCCCAGAGCAACUCUCUGGAGGAGGUGCCUCUGGACGGAGGGCAGCUACUGGCCCCAACCCCUCGGAGGGUGGAGAUGAGAAGGGACCCCGUCCUGGGCUUUGGCUUCGUGGCCGGCAGCGAGAAACCUGUGGUGGUCCGCUCCGUCACUCCAGGAGGUCCGUCUGAAGGCAAACUCAUUCCUGGGGAUGAGAUCAUUAUGAUCAACGAGGAGCCAGUGGCCUCUGCUCCCCGGGAGAGAGUCAUCGACCUUGUCAGGAACUGCAAGGAGUUCAUCACACUGACCGUGAUUCAACCCUACCCGUCUCCCAAAUCAGCAUUUAUCAGUGCAGCCAAAAAAGCCAAAUUGAAAUCCAACCCAGUCAAAGUGCGCUUUGCCGAAGAGGUCAUCAUAAACGGCCAGGUUCCGGAUGCAGUGAAGGACAACUCGCUCCUGUUCAUGCCCAACGUUCUGAAGGUUUACCUGGAGAAUGGACAGACCAAGUCCUUUCGCUUCGAUACGAGCACCUCUGUCAAGGAUGUGAUCAUGACGCUGCAGGAGAAGCUGUCCCUCAAAUGCAUCGAGCACUUCUCCCUGACGCUGGAGCAGAGAGGCGAGCGGAGGGCCGAGGCGUCCAACAAGACCCUGCAGCUGCUGCACGAACAGGAGAUGCUCACUCAGGUUACGCAGAGACCUGGGUCACAUAAGAUGAAGUGUUUUUUCAGAAUCAGCUUUGUCCCAAAGGAUCCAGUUGACCUUCUCAGGAGAGACGCAGUAGCUUUUGAAUACCUCUACGUGCAGUGCUGCAAUGAUGUGGUGCUGGAGCGAUUUGGCCCCGAGCUGAAGUACGAUGCAGUGCUGCGCCUCGGUGCCCUGCAGAUGUAUAUCCUCACCAUGAUGACCCGGCAGACUCAGAAGGUCUCUCUCAAAUACAUCCAGAAAGAGUGGGGUCUAUCACUGUUUCUUCCCCCGUCAGUGAUGUCCCACAUGAAGGAAAAAAAUAUCAAGAAAGCUCUCACACACAUCCUGAAGACUAAUCAGAAUCUAGUGCCUCCAGGGAAGAAGAUGACAGUGUUGCAGGCAAAGGUGCACUAUUUGAAGUAUCUCAGUGAGCUGAGAUUGUACGGUGGAAGAAUAUUCAAAUCUUUUCUCCUGCAAGGAGAGAAACAAACAGACGUCAUCUUACUUGUGGGCCCAAGGUAUGGCAUCAGUCAUGUCAUCAAUGUCAAGACCAAUCUAGUGGCUCUUUUAGCGGACUUCAGCCAUGUGAACAGAAUCGAGAUCCUCACCGAGGAUGAGACCAAUGUCCGGGUGGAGCUACAUGUGCUGGACGUGAAGCCCAUCACAUUGCUGAUGGAGUCAAGUGAUGCCAUGAAUCUGGCCUGCAUGACAGCAGGUUACUAUCGGCUGCUAGUGGAUUCCAGACGGUCCAUAUUUAACAUGGCUAAUAGCAACAGCAUGGGGGACAUGGAUAGUCAGGAUCGCGGGCUGGAGUGGCCUUACAGCACUUCCUUCGGAGACCUGGAGGACCCCAGUGCUCAGGGCUACACCAGUGGUCAGGGCUACCCCAGCCAACCCUACCCCAGAGACUCGGAAUCGGACUACCCAGAGACUACUAUAGAGGAGAAUAAUCACGGCUCUCCCUUCCGAACGGAGGUUUUCCGGCCACCCCCGCCUCCUCCCUUGGAGAGGCCCGCGGGGGGGCGGAGAAGCCCCAUCCCCCCACCACUGCCCCCUCCACGACAGAGGCCCCAAGACUCACCCCGCAACACAAAAGUCUCCUUCAUUUUCGGCGACCCCGCUUUGGACUCGGUGAACCCUCAGAACAUGGGCUACCAGCGGCUCAUGGAUGAGAGCCCCGAGAUGGCCGACGGUGGUCGGUCGGCGUUCCUCCCGGCUGGCGCCGGCGGCCUCCGCGUGCCGGACGGCAUGGUCUUCAAGAACGUGGUGUACAGCAACAUCGGCGAGGGCAAGAUCUUCGCCGGCCCCGAGGAGGGGCCCGAGGAGCCGCUCCUGCGCGACCUCUGCUACCCCGAGGCCGCGGACGACGUGGAGGACGAGGACGACGGCAGCUGCGAGGAGGACUCCACCGUCACCGGCGGCGAGGGAGAGGAGAGCGAGGCCGGGGCCCUGUCGCCGCCGCCCCCCCCCGGGAAUCCCACCUUCCUGUCGCUCUCGGGCUCCAGCGACGACAUCAUCGACCUGACGUCACUUCCGCCCCCCGAGGGGGAGGACAACGAGGAGAGCGAUGCGCUGCUAAGGACUCUCAACAUGGCCAUCGCCGCGCCACCUCACGGCUUCAGGGACAGUUCCGAUGAGGAGGGGGCGGAGGGCAAGGGUCAGCCACAGGGCUCCUGUGAGAAUGACGAUAUGCCAGUGUCUCUGAUCGACGCCGUGCCCACACGCGGAGAGGGCAGCUCAGGCAAGAGGCUGGACCAUGCGGUGGUCACCACCCUACAAGCACUGGAGGCAUUGGCUGUGGCAGAGGAGCCGACACGGCCACCGAGACCCAACAGCAGUGCAGGAAGUGCCAUAUCUCGAACGUUCAGCCCAGCAUCCUCCUCUGAUUCAGGCAAUGAAACCAACUCGUCGGAGAUGACUGAGAGCUCGGAGCAGGCGGCGGCCCACAAGCUCUCCGAGAGCCACAUGCGCCUCCUGGUGGCCACCACCGAGGGCUACCAGCCGCUGCAGGAGGAGCAGACCGAGUUCCCGGUGUCGCCCUGCUCGCGGCCCGCACCCAUCCCCAAGCCCCCGCGCAGUCCGCGCCACCGCCAGGCCGAGCCGCAGUCCGCCGCCGCCGCCGCAGUGCCUUCCCAGCCGACUCUACCUUCGGACGGCAUCGAGAUGGAGCCGGAGACCAUGGAGGACAAAUCCCUGAGCGACUACAUGGCCAGGUCGCGUUCCAACACGCUGCUCAACUCGUGUGGGGGCAAGCGGCCCAGCUCCGGCGCAGGGCCGGGGAAGCAGCACAAGAAGAGCGCCUACGACCCCAACACGGGGAAGUUCAACACCUUCACGGCCCGAGAGAGCCGCAGGAGGGGUCAGUUUGACGUGGAGCGCACCUCGUUCUGCGAGAUGAUCCAGAGACAAGAGCCUCUGCCUGAGGAGGGCCUGCUGGCCAGCCAGAGACACAGUAGGCUAAGUAUCCCCCACCUUGAUCGAGUAGGUUCAAAUGAGGUCAGAGAAGACUGCAAUAGCAGUGGUGGCACUGACCACCAACAGAGCGCUCCGCUGGCCUCGCCGUCCAAAAAGCCUCGCGAGCCCUGCCAGCCGGACUUUGGCGGGGACGAGCAGCAGCAGCAGCACGCGCAGCUGCAGGCGGCGCCACAGCCGUCCAGGCCCGGCGUGGCGCGGCUCUGCGAGUACCACCUGGCCAAGCGCAUCUCCACGCUGCAGAGCGAGGCCCAGCACUCGCUGCAGAGCUCGCAGUGCUCCUCGCUGGACGCGGGCGGCAGCACGGGCAGCAGCGUCUGCGCCACGCCCACCGACUCGCCGCUGGCCGCCGCCACCGACCCCCUGGGCCGGCAGCACGCGCUCUCGGAGUCGGCGCAGUCGCUGGUCCACUGCCUCCCGGGCGGCGGGAUCUCCGCCAACCUGCACCCGCACGCCGACCCGGCCCUCCUGCGCAAGAUGCUGCCCAACAUCCACCCGCCCCCCGGCUCCGACCCGACCCUCAGCGGCCCGCGCGAGGGCACCCCGCGGAGCGCCAAGAUCAAGGAGACCACAGGUACAGCUCGCAGGAGUAACCUUUUCAGUGAUCUGCAUGCAAAACCGGGCUGUGUUAAGAACCUAAACACCAAGGAGGGCAGUGAAGCCUAUAGGCAGCUGAUAAACUACCUGACAGUGAGCCAGAUGCACCAAGGGGGCAAGCUGCAAAGCGCAGGCCUGGGGGGAGGCAGGAAGGACAGAAGGCAUUUAGUGAAUAACCCGCUGCUGCUCGACAUGGUUAGGGGUAAGGGGAACACCAUUGCCCGAUGUCCCUGCAUGCCACCCGCACCCUCACCUUAUCUGAGCCCCAGCCUAGCACUCCCCACUGGUUUGGCCCCCACACAGGGCCCCCGCAGCCCCCGAAUGUAUCACUCAGCCACGCUGCCUGCUAAGCUGAAGAGGAGUCCUGACUUGCAUGCUCAGAGACCCACUGCCAGCCUGGAGGUGAGCCACGGUGGCGGCGGGCGCCACGAGCGGAGGAGCUCGUUUUCCGGCCUGGAGGGCGAGCUCGAGCGGGGCGUCCACCCCGAGCGGCUCCUGUCUCUGGCUCAGAGGGACAGUGUCCGCGAGGGGGUGCCCUGCCGUUCGGCGUCGUCCAGGUCCCGCGGCGGCGGAGCUGCUGCUGCUGCUGCUGCUGCUGCUGCAGCUGCCGACGACUGGCUCAGGUCUGACUGGAGGACGAAGCAUGCGGUCCACCAGGCCCCUAAUGAUUCUCUCUGUUUGUCUGCCACCCCCAGUGUAGCGCGCUCCGAGCAGUUCGCGCCCGGAGCGGGAGACCAGCUGCCUGUGCUUUACCCGCGGCAGGUCAAAGCCUGCCCCUCCCCUGCACCGCCCCCUCCACCUUCGCCUCCCCAUCCUCCUCCUCCUCCACCACCACCUCCGCCUCCGCCGCCACAUAACGCCAGGACCCUGAUGGUCAAUUCCAGCGUGCCAAAACAGGAGCUGCCGAAUCCGCUCCGGCAAAACCACAUCCAGGGCCAGGUGCCACUGCUGUACCAGUGCGACUCGUCGUCCAUGAGCAGCCUGCGCCGGAGCCGCGAGCUCAGGAGGAGCACCAGCAACAUCACCGCCGGCUCGGGGAGCGUCGAGACGCUUUUUGACCGGUCCAGAGGCUCCUCGGCCACCCGGUGCUCCCAGGCGCCCGUUCAACCAGUGGACCCCAAACUGCAGCAGCGCCGGCCCACCAAGAAGAGGCUGUCCAAGAGCUACUCGCAGGGCUCCAUGUCCUCGCAGACCACCUGCUGGUCCAGCGGUGGCCGAGACAGCCGCAGGGCGUCCGUGAUGCUUCCGCUGCAGAAGGACAGCAAGCACAUGAAGGGAUCCCAGAAGCUGGACGCCAGUCCCUGGAGGUGCCACGGUCCCUUCAGCUACUGCUUCUUCAAGAGAAAGAGCCAGACGGAGGAGGACGACACGGAUGGAGAUUCCUCCGGAAGGUUCCGGGGCGACCUGGACGAAGCGGGGCCCUCCCAGUACAACCCCAGCCCUGCCCUGGACACGGCGGGAGAGCAGCUCUACGGGGAGGUCCUGAACAACAUGAGCUUUGGCGACCGGCUGGCCCGCAUUAACGCUCUGAAAGACCGCAUGUACUCCUACCCGGCCGGCUUCGCCGACGUGCGACGCGACUCUAGUGAGGUCAUCGCGCUGGUGCGCUCCAGCGUCGGCCGGGGUGACCGGGGCGUGCCCCCGCUUCAGGCCCAGGAGCUGGCCCAGUACAAGCAGCUGCUGUCCAUCGAGUCCAAAGAGCUGGGCCGCGCGUGCCGGCGCAUGGCCCAGGCCCACGGCAGCCCCGAGGAGAUGCUACUGGCCGUCACCUGCAGCUUCCAGGUGCUCUGCUGCCUGUCCGAGGCCUGCAUGUGCCUGGUGAGGGGCCUCGGGGCCGCGGCCUCGCAGCAACAGCGCGAGGUGGUGGCCAAGGUGGACGAGGUGGUGAUGAACUACAUCUGCCUGCUACGCGCCGCCGAGGCCGCCUCCGGCUGUGCCCCUGGUGACCACAGCGUGAAGGCGCUGGCACGACACUCAAGCACCAUGUCCGCCAUCGCCAACACCCUAACUCGCUCACUGAAGACACUACUUAGCAAAUAGUUGUUCAAAAACCUCCUUUUUGCGAGACUGGACCGUGUAUAAUCCUGACAGGACUGUCUUUGAAGAAUCCACCGAAUAUGAUGAGAUGAGGGGGACUGCACACCUGUACACCUGUACUACGUCUCCAACCCAACUGGGCUGACUUCACGGCAGACUUCACAGCUUCAGCCUGAAUUAUACAUUUUUAACUUGACUAGACAAUUAUGUGUCUUCAUUUUGACUGGACUGCAUGCCAUUAGGCUAGACUGUUUUUAGGGUGACUGGAGUUCACAUUUGUAGCCAGACUGAGCUAUAUCUGUCUUUAGUCCGGACUAUCUGUAACUGCAAAGCCAUACGUGGACCCAAGGGGUGAUAACCCCUUUGAAAUACAUAAAUGUAAACUGCUGUAAUCAUUCUUAUUCUGUGCAUAUUUAUUUUAUAUGUAAAAAUUGUAUAUAGACAUAUAUAUGAAUCUAUAAAUGCUAUAGAAAUUUAAGAAGACUAAAAGGGAAGAUUAUAGUACUAAUCUAUUCUUAAUAUCUUAAGCAAAAUGCUGUAACAUAUUGGCAACUUGCGAGGAAAUUAGGUCAAAUGGCUUUACUGAGGAGCUUAAGUUCCACAGCUCAAUAUUUACUAGUGCUUCUUAAUGCAAUUUUACAGUAAUGUAGUCUUUUUAACAGACAUACAGAUGCUAUGACAUGAAAAUAGCUAAAUUAUUUAAUGCAACAGAUUAUUUAUGAAAUUCCAUAAUAUAACUUGUCAUUGUCUAUUGAUUGUUUAAUGAUUUAAUACUUUUCUAACUAUUGUGUUUUAUCUUUGCUUUUAAGAAAUAUUAGUCAUGUGUCCCCAUCACUUUAUUAAAAACAUUGCUGUGUUUAUGCAAACAUUUCACAGAUCACAUUGCCCACAUUAUAAUUUGAAUGUCUCGCACUUUACCACGGCAAUCUU